AUAAAAAAAACUAAUGGCGGGCGCCAUUGUAGCGUAAGCGUAGCGUGGCGUGGUUCGUGGUUGAUUAGUGAUCGAUUCGUAUAUUACAUUGACUUACCCACGCUUUCUUCAUCAACGUACUAGGAUUAAAUCUAGAAUUUAGUUUUUUUGACAUGGGUGACCCGGGUGAUUAUAGUGGUGGUUACUCUGCCCAAUAUUCUGUUCCUCCACCAGCCAUGGCUUCUGGCGAUAAUAAUUAUUCUGGCUCUGGACAAGGCUAUCAAAGCAAUUAUGGUUCAGGGCAAAAUCAAGAUUGGAACCAACAAAACACCGGAGGUAAUGCUUAUGGAAGUGGCCAACAAGGAAAUAAUUAUAGCCAAAGCUAUGAUUCUUCAAACUACAGCAGUGGCGGUGGAGGUGGUUAUGAUAGAAACAAUAGUAGUGGCUACAAUGUAAGUGGAGGAGACCGUGGCAGCAGCAAUUAUUAUGGCGGAGGUGACCGUGGGGGAUCUAAUUAUGGUGGAGACAGAGAUCGUGACAGACAAGGAUACUCUGGGGGUGGAGGCAAUGGUGAUCGCGGUGGUUUUGGAGGAGGUGAUCGAAGCUACAAUAGAGAUGGGGGGAAUAGAGAUGGUGGAUAUGGUGGCGGCGGCAGGGGGGGUGGUUAUAAUAAAGGUGGCGGCAGUGGAUAUGGCAGUGACCGAGGUGGAGGCGAUAUGGUAACACAAGAAGACACCAUUUUCAUCCAAGGGAUGAAUCCAUCUACAACUGAAGAUGAGCUUUGCCAGCACUUUGGUUCUAUUGGUAUUAUUAAGACCGACAAGAAAACUCAAAGACCAAAAGUUUGGAUGUAUAAAGAUAAAGUAUCUGGACAGCCAAAAGGAGAAGCUACUGUGACUUAUGAAGACUCUAAUGCCGCAUCCUCUGCUAUUCAGUGGUUUGAUGGAAAAGAUUUCAAUGGAGCUACAAUCAAAGUAUCUCUAGCGCAACGCCAAAAUACAUGGGGUGGUAACAAAGGAGGUGGUGGCGGUGGAUUCCGCGGAGGACGUGGGGGCGGUGGUGGUCGCGGAGGCGGCGGCGGCGGUGGCGGCCCAAGGGGUGGCGGCAGUUCAGGCGGCGGUGGUGGCUUGCCUUCUGGCAACAGAGCCGGUGAUUGGAGAUGUCCUAAUCCAAGCUGUGGAAAUACAAACUUUUCUUGGAGAAAAGCAUGCAACAGAUGUAAUGAGGAGAAACCAGAGGGUGCAGGCGGCGCGAGUGGUGGUCCUCCAUCGGGUGGUAAUGGACGAGGCGGUGGCGGUGGUGGCCCACCUGGCCGCGGAGGGCGCGGCGGUGGUGGACGAGGCGGCGGUGGUUGGGGCGGCGGCGGACGCGGAGAUCGAGGAGGUGACCGUGGUGGCGACCGCCGCAGUUACGGCAGUGGCGGCGGCGGCGGCGGCGGCGGUGACCGUGGCAGUGGCGGUGGCGCCAUGAGGAGUGACGGCGGAGGCCGGGACCGCCAAAGACCAUAUUGAUUAAUUAGUUAUACCUUUAUUUAGUUUAAUAAGUUUUUUGUAAUUACGAAUUGACUAAACGCAAUGUUCUUUCGUGUAUAAAAUCAUCUAUCUAUUAAGGUAUUGAUACCAUUUAAGUGUGAAAGUUCAUAAUACAAUAACUUUAAUAGUCGCAUCUAUUGAAAAUAAUACUGAAGAUAAAAGCUAGCAUAUAUUUGUAAAACUGUAAUUCACAUCUCAUUGUCAACCUAAAAGUUUCCACUGCUGAGCAGAAGCCUCAACCUGCAAGAGAAAGUUAAUUCAUUAACCACCAUGCUUGCUGAUAAACUGGAGUUCUUUUUUUUAACCUCAGUUCCAAAAAAGUAGGAAAUUUUGUUAAUAAUUACCUCUUUAUGAAAGUCAUUGUGACUGAUGUUGGAUUUCAUGUGUAAAUGAAACUUAAUUUUACAAAUACAUUUUAAGAAUGUAGCAUUUCUUAUUAUAUUCCAAUUUUAACUCUAUUCAUAAUAUUUUAACAGUUGCAAAACAUGAGACCUUAACUGAAUCUGGAAUAAAAUAGAAUAGCAUCCAUUAGAAAUAAACGAUUAGGUAAGUAGGUCAAUAAUAGUUAUGACUUUAAAUGUAGCUUUCACAGUUUUGUCCACUCCAUUGAAUUUGAUUGAGUUAGUUAUUGAGUAAAAAACAAGUUAACUAUAGGAAACAUUCACUUCAUGUUUAGUUUCUAAUCAAUACACACAGUAUAUAUUUUUGCAUUUGCAAGUUUUUGUUUAUUACCCAUUGAAAGGAUGAAUAGUAUUAUGUAUUUAAAACUUU